AUGCCAGGCGAAGCUCUUGUUGAGCAUCUCGCCACGGGAUCACAGAAGCCCAUCUCUGAGCCCCAUCGCUUUUUCAUUUUGGUGAUUGGGGCCUUUGGCUCUUUGUGCUCCUCCCUAAGCUACGCCUUUAAUCUCAUCUCAAUGGAUAUGCAGUCCCGAUACCACCUCAGUGGGCGCGAUAUUUCGACGAUCAUCACGGUUGGUUUGGUGAUCUCCUACUUCCUUGUACCGUAUGGCUUUCUUUAUGAUCACUUUGGGCCGAAGCCAAUCUUUGCCCUGUCGACAACGUUGUUUCUGCUCGGGGCGUUUCUGUUCGCGCUUACAUUUCGCGGCACAAUUGAGGGUAGUGUGGUGCGCCUAAGCGUGUUCAACGUAAUGUUGUCUCUUGGGAGCACGUUGUUUGAUGUGGGAUGCUUGAUGACAGUGAUGAGCCACUUUCCGGCGAGCAAGGGCGCUGCGGUGGCUAUUAUGAAGUCGUGCCUUGGGUUGGGCUCUGCCAUCGUGGGGAGCAUCCAGCUCGCCUUCUUUGACGGGAGUCCAGACAUCUACUUUUAUUUCCUGAUGGCGCUGGUUCUCGUGGUUGGAGUUGCAAACUUCUUCCUUUUAACCCUGCCGCCGUACAUAUUGACGGGAUAUGAAGAGAACCAUUUGAGCGCCGAGGAAAAGGAGCAUCGCCUGGCACGACGGUCCGUUUACCUGCGGCAGCAGCCGCCCCGAAUUCGCUUUAUUGUUGGCCUUGCGGUAGUUGUGGUGUUGGUUGUGUAUUUGCCGCUGCAGAGCGCAUUGUCUGCGUACCUGAAAUUGGGGAAUACUUCGCACAUUAUUUUUGCGGUCGUCAUAAUUGUGCUCGUUGCGAUAUUACCGGUGAUGGCGUUGCCUGUUCCAUGGAUGGAGAGAAAGGGGACAAAACAAAUUGCGGAUGGCUGCAAGUGGGCGGAGAAUCGGGGAGCAGGCGAUGAUGAGUUAAAUGAACCCGUAACAGAAGACGCUCGUUCAACCCACGUGGAGACGGACAUAGACUACAUUGCGCCGCAGUACCAGACAACCUUCAUGGAGAACGUGAGGACGCUGAAGGUGUGGGCUCUCCUGUGGUGCUAUUUCUGUCCCGCGGGUGCGCAGAUCGUGGUGAUUUUUAAUGCUAACUUCAUCUACGCCGCGCUGGCUGGUGAGGAGGUGAACAGCUCAGUCAAAACACUGUUAACGGUGCUGACCGGCGUGGGGAGUGCGGUGGGUCGGCUGGCGAUGAGUUACUUCGAAGUCUGGUCGCAGUCACGCAAGGCGGAGGAUCGAAUCCCCAUCACGGUGACUCUGUUUGGUUCUAUUAUUUGUGCCGUGUUGUCAACGGUGCUGUUCCUCGUGUUGCCCAAAGCCGCACUGCUGUUGCCGUACUUUAUUGCGUCAUUGGGUAACGGGUUCAGCGCCGCCACGGUUGUGUUGGUUGCCCGUACACUUUUUGCCAAGGACCAUGGCAAGCACUACAACUUCUUUUCAUUGCUCCAAUGGGCUCCACAUUAUUAUUGA